AUGUACCUUUGGGUUAUCUUGGUUUGUAUGGCAUUCAACGCUUUCGCGUUUUGGCAAGCUAGAAAGAUGAAGAGAUCCCGCUUUGACAUCAACGAACGCUACACAAGAAAAGAGGCUGAAAACUCAGGUCGAGCCAUCUCCCUUAUCGUUUCAUACCAGGCAAUGGGUCUCGCUCUCUACACAUUCGGCCUCCAUUUUCUCCUCGAAUUCCCCUCUUUCCUGGGUCCAUUCUAUACUAGUAUAGGUGUUCUUUAUCUUUAUACGUAUCCAUAUGCCUGCGUGUCUCUUCCAUAUGGAGUGUUGUACACUGCUAACAAGAUUACUAAAAAUAGGAAUAAGGCAGUGAAUGAGUUGAAGAAGACGAAUGAGGAUGAGAGUCAGACUGGCUAUUUCAAUAAGUUGAAGUCAGGAUGGGAAUCGGAUUUCGAUUCGAAAUUCGCGACGGUUUCGGUUACACCGGUUGAUUGA